AUGUCCGCCCAGGAUUCAGGAAAGAAGCGCUUCGAACCCAAGGUGCCGGUUCAGCUCGACCCUCCCAAGUACGACCCGAUCUCCGUGGAAGAGUUGUCCAGAUGCGAUGGCACGGAUCCCAAUCGUCCGACUCUGGUCGCUAUCAAGGGAAUUGUCUUUGACGUGAGCAAGAAUGCGGCCUAUAGCCCUAGUGGGAAUUAUCGGGUAUUUGCCGGAAAAGAUCCUUCUCGGGCCCUGGCCUGUUCGUCCCUCAAGCACGAGAACUGCGUCCCCGACUGGUAUGACCUCGAGGAUAAGGAGAAGACGGUGCUAGAGGAAUGGUUCACAUUCUUCAGCAAGAGAUAUAACAUUGUGGGAAAGGUUCAGGACGCUACGAAUUACUGA